AUGUCAAGAAGAGAUUCUCGUGGCAGCAGUGCUUUCAUGUUUUUUCUGAAUAGUAAAAGCACGAGCUGUGAAUCUGUUGUCUGUGGCAGCAGAGAACACAGAACAGACCACACAACACUAACUUGCUGGAACCAUCGCUAGAAACCGUUUGACAAACUGCCAGUUUUUCUUUUGAAACAAGGUUAUCACAGAGGAUUGUUUGAAAAUGCAUUAGAAGACCACUCAAGAGAACAAGUCUCAGGUCUGCUACUUCUCUAUUCCAGCUGUAUUUGUCACGUACUAGAGUCUUGCAGUAGCACAAUCCAUCUCAUCAUCCAAGAUUUGGCUUCUCUCCAAAGUCAAGGCCAUAGGAUGGAAUUCACUCUCUUUCCACGCAGUGCUUUACUCCAGGAAAUUAAAGUUUUAGUGGUGGCACAUAACAUCCCCACCAGACUGUUCCCAGACUGGUAUGUGGCAGUAGCAACAUCUCCCGUGACAUGUCCACAAGGCUCGAUGCAAUCACGGUCUACGGCAGAGGUGGUCGCAGAGUGCCUUACCCUCCUGCUUGAACUGGCAGCACGUGUUCAAAGUUUUGAGGAUGACAGCGAGGAUACGAAUGAUGGUGUACACACACUUGCACCCGAGGUGCUAAUCCCGGCAGAGACAAUUAACUAUUUGCAUAAUGCCGAAGAAUGUGCAAGUCCAGAAGAAUUUCUGAGAAUUUAUUUAAGUCCUUCACAGCCUGCCCUGGAUUCAGAAACGGUAUGGCCUGUUCCAUCUCAUUUCUCUGCAUGA